AUGGCUAAUAAUAAUAAUAAUACAGUGAUGUUAAAAAGUCAGCGCAGCACUUGUAAAGCGCAACUCACACGUAUAGAAAAGUUUAUAAAGGGUGAUUCUGACAACCUUCAUUUAAUUAGAGUUAAAUUUGAUAACUUGGCUGAAAACUAUAACAAAUAUAAGCAAAUCCAAAGCGAUAUUGAUAUGUUAAAAGAACCAGAUUCAGUGGCGUCCGAUAGUGAGGAAAAUGAGGUCGUGGCUGAUAGAUUUGAAAUUGCCUUGGCUCAGUUACAAGAAUUAAUCGAAAAGUUGUCAAAACCAAACAAAGUAAUCGAUAGUGUGUCAAAUGUCAAAUUACCGGAUAUCCAAAUAAAACCAUUUUCAGGGAAACCGGAAGAAUUUUUACCCUUUUUCGAUCUCUUUUUAUCCCUUGUUUUGAAUAACCCCAAAUUAAAAUCACAAAGUGAGAAAUUCUACUAUUUGAAAAGUUUGCUCAAAGGUCAACCGCUUAGUUUAAUAGAGUCUUUACCAGUUACAAACCAAAAUUUAGAAGUCGCUAUAUCCACCCUUAGAAACAAUUAUGAAGAUAAGAAUAAGUUAGUGAACUCUCUCUAUCAGACGCUACUGGAUCAAAAGCCGAUCAACAAAUGUAAUGCUAGCGAGAUACGGAGUUUCUACGUUACGAGUAAAAAAACGCUGGAUUUAGUAAAAAAUCUUAAACUAUCUGAUCACGAUACCCUUGACACGCUUCUUGUAUUUUUGUUAGAGAAAAAAUUGGACUUUCAAAGUCGGCGAGCUUUUGAAAGUGAACGAGAUUUGACCACGCUCCCCUCGGUAGACUUAUUUUUCGAAUUUUUAAGAAAACGCUAUACGAUAUUAGAAAAUUUAAAUAUGUUUGACGGUAAUUCAAAGCACGAUAAUAACUUUACAAAAAAUUCAGAUAAGUCUUCCCCUAAGAUAAACCUUCACGCAAACGUGUCUGAUCCAAAUACGAGGAACAUCAGUUCCACCGGCAAAUAUUGCAAUUAUUGCAAUGAACGGUCGCAUUCCACUUACGUGUGCACGAAAUUCUUGAAGUUAUCUCCGCAAGAGAGACAUCGAUUUGUAAAAUCGAAAUCGCUUUGCUUCAAUUGUCUUUCUAGUAUGCAUAUCUUGUCGAGUUGUAAGAGUUUGUCUAGGUGUCACCACUGUGGUAGGGACCAUCAUUCACUUAUUCAUUUAGAAACUAAUUCUCAACGAGUCGGGGAUCAGCAGAGGGGUCAAAAUGUAGCACAAAAUAAUCAACAUUCGAGACAUAAUGGGAACAGAAAUAAUGUUUCUAAUAGGGACUCCAAUCCAUCUUUGACGCAAAAUAGUACGUUUCUUACGCAAAAUUCGCCCGCAAAUUUAUCGGUAUCCGACGCAAAUAACGCUAGCAGUCAAGCUUGUGCCUCUACAAGUACUACUAACUUAUCCGCCCUUAGUAAAAAUAAUUGUCAAAUCCUUUUACCUACUGCCCAAGCAAAAGUAUAUUCCAGAACUGGUAAACCCUUCUCUGUCAAAUUACUUUUAGAUUCGGGAAGUCAGCAAAGUUUUAAAAAAAGUUCUAAAAAGUUCAUGGUUUAA